AUGGCAACGGCAACGCUCAUCGCUCCGUCCGCCCAUUAUCCAACUCAACCGCCUUUCCCAAGCUAUUCUCAGUCAAACUCGGGCGCCGCCAGCAUAUCCAACAUGAUUUCUUCCGUUGAACCUAGAAAACAAGCGGACGAUCAAGAGCCGCCGAAUCGUCAAUCGCUUCCAUCUAUCUCGGAAGUUAUCCAGGGCACCAAGCCUGGACCAUAUCCUGUCGCACAUGCGCCUGGUCUCCAGUCUACCCCGACUCUGCCAUCGCCCUUUGCACCGGCUCCUCGAUCUUUCCCCGAAACUGAGAAACGCUCUUCUCCUCAGCCUCUUCACCCGACCUCAUCUUAUCCUCGACAAGAUGGCCUGCCUGCGUUCUCGGACUCGCCCCGUCCACACUUCAGCAGUCGCCCAUCACUUCCUCCUGUCUCUGAUCGUCGUCAGAGCCCUCCGGCCAAGCCUGAUCUGCCUCCUCAGCAUCACCACCCCGAGCAAAAACAUCCCGAACCUCAUCACCCUCUGAAUGGUGUCUACUCGCAUCCUCCACCGCCGCCUCCGGCCCCUGUCGCAUACCAGCCUGGUCAAUUGCCUCCUGGGCAGAUGCCUCUCCCUGCGUAUCCCAUUUCCCCAAGACACGCAAUGCCGCCACCUGCCUCUGGGCCAUACGACCCCCGAGCACCACCACCACACGCAGAAGAGCCUGAAUAUGCUCGAGCUAGGUAUGAAGCUACAGUUGACAGGCACUUUGAGAGCUGGAGCUAUCAAGAUUCGUUGAGCCGAAUCGGCUCGUCAUCUCGUACCAUCUUUAAUUUUGCCGAAGCGUAUAGCAGAAUUGCUCAAGAGCAGCACGGCGCUCACCCCAUUCCAGCUCGACUACCUACAGAACGCGAAGUCAGCGAUAUGCUUAGCAAUAUUGAACUCGUCAAACGCUCUUUGGAACAAGUGCGAGACCUAGUACAAACCUCGAUCCAGAACGAGCGAGCUCGAGAAGGAGCCAAGAUGAAAGGUCCUUACGAGGAAGAACACGAUGUUAACAUGUAUGGCGAUGGAAUGAAGCCACAAUACGGCAUUACAGAAGUCAAAAAGAGACGAGGACGCGCUGCUCCUCCAGGACGAUGCCAUAGCUGCAAUCGAAUCGAUACUCCGGAAUGGCGACGCGGACCCGACGGCGCCAGGACACUGUGCAACGCAUGCGGACUGCAUUAUGCCAAGCUUGAGAGAAAACGACAACUCGAGGCAAGGUCUAUCCGCCCCAAACCUGAAGAGGCCCACCGACAAUGA